CACAGUGUUUACAGCGGAGUGUUCUCCACAGGCUACUGUCAGACACCUGCUCUCCACAAACACCCUGCCUCCCUGCCAGGAAGAAACACUCCUGUCCAGGGCCCUGGUUUGGACAAUCACAGAAAGAAUGAAAACUCCACGCUGCCGUUACAUUCUUCUGCCCAACCUGGGUGAUGAAACUUUGUCUCUAGAGCCUGAACAGGAAGCUGAUGGACUAGACUCAGUCAGGACAAAUGCAGAUGUUCCAUCUCUAGUUGCAGAAUUGAAUGAGCCUGUAUUGAAUGCUCAAAGCAGCAUCUUGCACACAAAAGAAAUCCAACAGCUAACUCCACAUCUCCCUCUGCGAGUGGCUGGCUAUCCCUGGAACCUUGUCUACUGUACAGCAAGGGAUGGAUUUAGUCUGAAGACCAUGUAUAGAAGCAUGAGCAACUUGGCCUCUCCUGUGUUAUUGGUUAUCAGGGAUACUGAUGGGCAGAUAUUUGGGGCUUUUUCUUCUACAGCUAUCCAUGUGAGCAGUUGUUUUUAUGGCAAUGGAGAAACUUUUCUGUUCUCCUUCACUCCACAACUCAAGGUAUUUAAAUGGACAGGCAAAAAUACCUUCUUCAUGAAAGGAGAUGCAGACUCUUUGGCCAUUGGUGGAGGCAGUGGUAAAUUUGGACUCUGGCUAGAUGGAGACCUGAACCAUGGAGGAAGCCACCCCUGUGAAACCUUCAAUAAUGAGACAUUAUCACCCAAAGAGGAAUUCCUCAUCCAAGACUUGGAAGUUUGGACACUCUCUUAAUUGGAAGACUGAGAGAAAAAUCAGGCAUAUCUGUACAUGAACUUUCCAAGCACCAGGGAACGGGAUUUGGCCAGUAGUCCUGCAGUAGUUUCUCAAAUCUCCCUCAAAUGAGGAUAAACCUGUUGUGGAUUC